AUGGCCUAUGAAAUCAAAAACGACACGCUCAUGAAACGGUUUCAGUGUUUGGCUGAAAAAGAUCCCACAAAAGAUGGGUAUAUUUUUGUGAGCGAUGAUCUAGCGAGACUGCCAUUGUCAAGACAUCAGUUGUGGGACUUGUGUGGGCGCUACGCUUCCCGUUUAAGACGUUUUGGUAUUAAGAAUGGUGAUGUAGUGUGCUCCUUGAUCAAAACCUCCAGGACAAAAUUGAUCACGAACUUUGGCGUCAUAGCUGCUGGCGGCGUUGUUGUCAAUGGGGUGACUAUUUUAGCUGACGGUCAAGAUAUUUUUAGAGUCCUGAAUACCUCACAAUGCCAGACGAUCCUAACGUCUUGGAAAAGACCUGAGUUCGUUUUUCUUCAAAAGUUUUUGAAGAUGGGAGCAGCUCAAACCACUUUGAGUUUGGAGACAAUAAUCCCAGUAAAUUGUGACCAAGCACCGUGCCUGAAACAGCUGAUCGUGUACGAGCUGAACAGCCACAAAGACCACACAGCUUUCCUUUCCAGUCUAGAGGUUGAAGACUUCUACGUCGCUCCUGUCAAUGCUGAUGACGAGGUUUACAUUUUCCUGACUUCCGGUAGCACCAGCUACUCAAAGAUGGUGCCUAGAACCCAUAGGGAAUGUUUAGCUAUCGUAGACGCAAUCCAUAAGGAUGACGCCGUUGUUCUCAACAACAGAGACCUGGAAUGGCUUGCAGGGUUCCCAAUUUACUAUCUCGGGUCUGGCGCCGCUGCUAUACUGCAAGAGUUCAAAGACGAUUCCGUCAAAAUAAACUUAUGCGAUAUCUGGAAUUUCGCCUGCGAUGAAGGAGCAACGUCUGCUUUUCUAAUUCCUGCGGAAAUUUUACUCAUCAAACAGGGUUUCGAUAACGGUUUAAUAACAAGACGAAUCAAAACAGUGGUGGUUGGAGCUCAACCUUUAAAACAGGUAGGACGAGACACGGCAUUUUUCGAAAACGAUUGA